UGAUCACGUUUGAAAUUGCGACAAUACCCCUGUGCGUAGUCUCUAACUGUUAGCUGUCAGUUGCAGCUUCCCUCUAUUUGCCGCUUAAAAAGCAGUUACAAAGUGACACUCUGCCUCCAACCUUCUCUCAAUCUCUCUGCAAAUUCUGCAUCGCCCAUUUCUUCUUUACUUCUACAAUGGCGAAGCUCAACUUAGAUGGCAAAGAGAUCAAACCCCUAAAAAUCUGCGUGAUUGGCGAUGGCGACUUCAUUGGAGCAUGCCUCUGCGAGAAGAUCAUAUAUGAUUCCCCUCACCAGGUCACCCUUAUGGAUGAAUCUCACAAGAUCAAGCAUCUCUUUGGCGGUAAUGCCGCACGGAUCGACCGCUUUUCUUACUUAAAUAUCGACGUCCCCGCUGAUGUAGCUCGCCUUCAGCCAGUUCUGGAUGCCGCCGAUAUUCUUAUCAAUAUUCCGGCAGUUUGCCUUCCAGCUGAUUACAGUACCAGGACAUUUGAUACAAUUAAAAGCAACUUCCUUGAUGUAGUUCCACUGAUUGAAUACUGUAGUGAGAAAAACAAACGUCUCAUUCAUUUGUCUAGCUCUGAAGUUUAUGGAAAGACUACUGCGGGCUAUUUGCUAAAAGACGAUCCUCUUCGAAAGGACCCCAAAUUUUAUGUUCUCAAAGAAGAUGAGUCCCCAUGUAUCUUAGGCUCAAUUGAUAAACGAAGAUGGUCCUACGCCUGUGCGCAGCAAUUGACUGAAAGGCUAAUAUCUGCUGAGGGUGAUGAGCAUGGCCUUGAGUAUACCAUUGUAAGAGCUUUCAACUGGGUCGGUCCAAGAAUGGACUUUAUUCCUGGCGUUGAUGGCCCAUGUAACGGAGUCCCAACUGUUUUAACUUCCUUCAGUAAUAGUCUCUUGCGUCGAGAGCCACUCAAACUUGUUGAUGGUGGAUAUUAUCUAAGAACUUUUUGCUUUAUUGAGGAUGCAAUGGUAGCUCUUCUUCUAAUGAUUGAUAACCCAGAAAGGGCAAAUGGGCAGAUAUUCAAUGUGGGCAAUCCAAACACUGAGAUUUCAAUCAAAGAACUAGCAAACCUGAUGAUACGGGUGCAUGCAAAGUUUAACAGAGAGCCUCGUUCUAACUAUUCAACAGUCGCUGUGAGCUCCGAGGUUUUCUAUGGUAAAGGCUAUGAUGACUGUGAUAGGCGUAUUCCUGACAUGACUAUUAUUAACAGGCAACUUGGCUGGAAACCAAAGUUCACUCUUCAAGAAAUCGUGGAAGUUUUUCUUAUAUAUCAACAUAAAACUUAUUCCAAGAGUGAGAGAUCUUCAAAUCGAGCUUCUUGAGCCCUUUCUCGGUUCAUACAGACAAUCCAAUCUUUUGUCAUACAAAAACUACACUAUUAUAAGAGGCAGUUGUGAGAAAUACAAUCACUACAGCCGUGGCAUAUUAAACUUCACAAACAUAAAAGUAGAAAUUCAUCAUGCUCCUGUUCUUAGUCUAAAAUGAAAUGCUUAGACAAUGUAUGAAAGAAUUCAUUUUCAGGUUGACAUAACAGUAAAUCUAAAGUUCACUUUUUCUCGUUGAUGGAUAUUUCAGUAGCAUAUCAAUGUUUAAUUGUUACUGUGAUUGCAGAAAUUUCUGAUCCAGUCUGACAGAAUUUUCAUA